AUGCAGGGAUGGAGGUGAUUACCCACCGCUAGCAGAGGGAAGAGGGCUGAGCCUUGAAUCUGCUGGGGGAACUUGAAGAGAGCAGGGGGAGGAGGAGGAGAAGAAGGAUUGAUAUAACAAGGGCGGCUGUCGAUGCGCAGCGCAAUUCUCACUCACUCCAAGUCUUUGAACCAAGACCGAUAAAGGGGAGCGGGCUUUCCAUUCAUUUCGAGCGCAGGCAACUUUUCUUUCUUGAGUCCGUGGCGCGGGUUCGUUCACCAGAUUAUACUCCUAUAUAUAUAUUUUAAUCUUUUUGUAAAAUUGAAAUACGAGACAACGUGACAUCGGCAGAUUUUAAACUUUACAAUAUUCUCCGAGUUUUGCAUGACAUUUUUUUUAAGGACUUGAGAGCCUGACAGACUUUCUUCACCUACCGCGUGGUGUAGGAUUUUGAACUGAAACGGGGACUUCUCAAAUGCAAAAGUACAUGUAUGAGAAAGCAAUGGCCCAAGAGACAAGGAACGGAGGAACCUCUACGUUAAAUAACAACAAUGGUGUUGACAACAGUAAGAAGAAGCUGCUAAUAGCGCUCGACAUCUUCUGUCUUCUACUUGCUAGCCUGCCUUUCCUGAUCAUUGAGACUAGCACCAUAAAGCCGUACCAGCGCGGGUUUUACUGUUCGGACGAGUCCAUCCGCUACCCCCGAAAAGAGGGAGACACCAUUAGCGAUGCCGUGCUUUGUGGUGUCGGCAUUCUUAUUGCCAUCUUCUCUAUUGUGAUCGGAGAAUGCUUCAGGAUUCACCAACUACAUGAGGGAACCAAGUCUUUCGUUGGGAAUCCCUACGUCGCAGCCCUCUACAAGCAGAUGGGCGUGUUUCUCUUUGGAUGUGCCGUCAGCCAGUCAUUCACAGACAUUGCUAAGGUGUCGGUGGGCCGUAUGAGGCCCCACUUCUUAGAUGUGUGUAAACCAGAUUUCUCCACCAUCGACUGUUCACUGGGAUACAUCACCAACUAUACCUGCACUGGUGAAGAGAGCGAUGUACAGGAGGCCAGGAAAUCCUUCUUCUCAGGACAUGCCUCAUUUUCAAUGUUUACCAUGCUGUACCUGGCUUUUUAUCUCCAGUCCAGGUUUUCAUGGCGUGGCGCUCGUCUCCUCCGCCCGCUGCUGCAGUUCACCCUGUUGAUGAUGGCCUUUUACACCGGCUUAUCACGCGUCUCCGACCACAAGCACCACCCGACCGACGUCCUGGCAGGCUUUGUGCAGGGAGCCCUGGUGGCCUACUGCAUAGUGUUCUACGUGUCAGACCUGUUCAAGCCCAGGGUGAAGCCAGCCACGCCCCCGCCCUCCCCCAUCAAGAAGGAGCUGCUGCCUUCGUCCGACAUCAUUGAGAGGAACAACCACCACAACAUGGUGUGAGAUAGGCCGCGACUUCUUCCUGUGACUGAGGAGCCAAUCACAUCGCUGCUCACCUCCCAUCGGACAGUAGAAUGUAGCGACGAGAGACUAUAGCUGCUUCUUAAACGGCACCCUCCUCCCUUUCGCAGUGUCCAGCGAGGCACUUUGUGGACUAGGGUGUCAGAUUUGAGAUUUGCACAGCAGAGUCCACUCUCACUAUCCAGACUUAUUAUUUACUAUUAUGUUAACUACUUAUCAACAUUUGAGCCCAUCGUUUUGAGCACAAACAGAAAAAAAUUGGAAGACUAAAAGACAAAUUGAAUUUAAGAAUUUGAUGACAGGCAGAGCUGAGGGCGUGGAGGUUUGAUGGAAGUGUAACCACAUAAAGGGAAAACACUUGUGAAGAAAAACUAAUGAAGAAAAGACGCAAAAAGAAAAACAAGACAAACCCCCUGCCUAGGGAGAGAGGGAUGUCCAGUGAUGCUUCCUCUCUGAACUCUCUGUGGCCUUGGAACGUCGUAGGACAACAACUUCCUUAGCUAUGGGAAGGAUAUUACUGCAAUAACUAGCAGCAUAGAAAUAUUAACAGUAUAGAAAAAUAUAACUUAUAGCACUGUUUUUAAGUUCAUUGUCCAUUAUCACCACUUGCUGCCUGAGACGUCUCACUGAAAGAAACUUGAUGAUGCUGACUCCCAUGAAACAGAAAUAUCGACUCCUUCAAACCGACCGAGCCUGGUGCGGUGGUUUCACCAUGUCCAGGCAGGAUAAAGUUAGCAUAGCAUAGCUUCAGUAACAAUAAUACUGUAACCAAUAGGCCACUGUAAGGAUCGUAUACUGAUCUUUGUAGGCCUUUUAUAACAGGUUUUAUUUGUUCUUGAUUGAUAAGCAAGGCAUCAUUAUCCCAAUGAACUUUGUCUUUAGCAGUAGGAAGUGAGGCGCUCCAACCUCGUACGCUUCUGUCUCCAGAUCAGCACGUCAAGCUUUUUUAUAGUGAACUCUCAGAGCGGCCCAAACCCGGGAUGUUGCAUUUCUUGAGGGUUAGAUGUAGUAAAGGGGGAAUAUAUUCUGUGGAAGGAGGGAGGCAGAUCUCACAGCCGCCCAGCACCUGUAUAAGAGGCGUGGCUGUGCCGUGCCACUUCUGGGUGUUGGGGCCAUCUGUUUGGCUUCCUGAACAGGAUGGGGAUGGGUGGACAGAGUGAAGGGGUGCGGGCUGUCACCAUCCAUGGAAAGAGGGUGAUAAAUUACAGCUAAGCUGGCACAUUGUUUUGGGAUGAUUUGGGCUCUUUCUGCUGGCAGGGAGGGGCUCUCACCCACCCAAUCACUCAUUGGCAAUGGAUGUUUGUCUCUCAGUGUGUGUGUGUGUGUGUGCAUGUGUGUGUCCUAUACACUCUUGUGCUUGUGUGGGUACGCUUGUGCUUGUACAUGUACACCUUGUGUGUGUGUGUGUGUGUGUGUGUGUGUGUGUGUGAAUGUGUGUGUGUGUACAUAUGUAUGAGCCCUGUGAAAAGGAACCCCCCCUCUUGAUAAACUUAGUGUGUGUCAAAUGAAACGCUCACACUGUCAGCUGUGCCAAGUGUGUGUGGGUUUUUGUGUGCAUGUGUGUAUUUGUUUGCCACUGUGUGUCGGAGAGCAAGAGAGCAGGUGAACGUUCUAAAAACUGUGGAUCUAAUAUUUUUAUUCUCGGCUAAGAAGCAUCUUUAACCUCGUGUGUUUUUAGCCUGUCCUGUAUAAUCACUAACCGUUGUACAGUACAGAUACAGAAGCCCUUUUUAUUUACAGCCUACUCAGAUAUCCUCCUCCAACAACACACUCCGCCAUGUUGCACAUCUUUCUCAUCGUAUAGUCCGUCCUAUCAUUUCACAAAGCCGUUUUCACUCUCUUUUUAUAAAUAUAUAAAUAAUGUAUAGAUCACUAAAAUUAACUCUGUAAGAUAUUGUUUCUUAACAUGUUUAGAUAUAUCCACUAUGAUUACAGACCUGUGUUCUUUACAAAAUGCUGCUUAAAAAGCAUCGAUUGACAGAUUUUUCUAUCUAGAUAACUAGAUUGUAGAUUGUAAUAGUUACGUUUGUAAUAUGCAUUCGAAAAAUACACCCACAAUUGUAUUACAAUUCAAUAUUAGUAUUUUUGUAUUGUCUCGUUUUUUUGUACAAAGACAUAGUUGCAAUGCUGUUUUUCUGCUAAAUGUACUUAGCUCUAUUACAUGUGCUUUUAAAUAAAAAGCUCACUAUGAACACAA